AUGAGGCAGAUCAAUUUGGGUGCUGCUGCAUCGUAUGGCAUUUAUGGCGCAUCAAGCGUGACGAACACAGGAUCAACAAUAAUUGAUGGCGAUCUUGGUACUGGAGGGACCAGUGUUACUGGAUUUGGCCCAGGAAUCAUCAAUGGGAACCUUGUCACUGGCGGGGCGACCUCUGCAGUGUUGACAGAUGCGUCCGCCGCAUUUACGAACAUCACAAAUUCGAUCCCGGACGAAGAUCUCACAGGAGAGAAUCUCGGGAAUAGGAUUCUACCACCAGGAACAUAUAGUUUUGACGAUGCAGCUCAGCUCACUGGCACCCUCAUACUCGAAGGAACAAGAUCCCCAGAUGAUUUAUGGUUCUUCCAGAUUGGAGAAGCUUUGACAACAGCGACUGCCUCAGCUGUCAUUUUCAGUAAUGGUGGACUGGCAUGUCAAGUCUACUGGGCAGUUGGAUCCUCAGUAACACUAGGAACUGGCACGUCUUUUGCUGGAACCAUACUUGCCGGGUCCUCCGUCACAUUCAGUACUGGGGCCUCACUCUCUGGGCGAGCAUUUGGGCUAUCCGCUACUGUGACAUUGGAUACAAAUGCUGUCUCUGUACCUGACUGCCCUGUGGCAUCAUCUUCGACGUCGAUUUCGCAGCAGAGUUCGAUCUCAUCGCUUUCAAGUUUGUUGUCAUCUGGCCUCUUUCUAACCUCAACUUCCAGCAUCUCUCUCGGCACAUCUUCAACACCUUUGAGCGAAAUACCGAGUUCAACAGCCCCAUUCACCGAGUCAAGAACGAGCUUCUCCAUGACCGCGACGCCAUCGGUCACAGUCCAGCCCAGCUUGUCAACUCCAAGCAUCACGUCUACUAUUACGCUCGCUUCAGCCAGCACGGGUAGCUUGCUAUUAAGUUCUUCAACGUUACUUCCUUCUUCAGCAUCACAAUUGGAUUCCGUCUCAAGCUCCUCCUUGUCAACAGAUUUGUUCUCUCAAAGCUCAACACUAUCAACAUCCUCGUUGCCUUCACUUAGCCUGACGUCUAUUCUAUCUUCAACUUCUAUGCCAGAGUCAAGUUCAGUUCUGUCUUCAGCUUCUAUAAUGUCGCCAUACUCUUUGCUAUCUUCAACUGCGGAGCUGUCAUCGACCUCUAUGCUGCCAACGUCUCCAAUCCCGUCGACAUCAUCUUUGCUCUCCUCAACCCUAUUGUCCUCAACUUCGUCACUGACGUCAUUCUCAAAUUCUUUGGCUUCUUCUAUAUCUUUCCAAGACAGUUCAACCACUUUUUCCUCAACCUUCCUGUUCUCCAGUACGAUAACGACAUCGACAGUGAUUGUGUCCUCUUCCACAACAUCACGGCAGGCCGACAUAUAUAACUGUGCUUCAACCAUCAUCAUGACUACAAAGACCACAACCCACCUCUUUCACUCAACUCAAACCCAGACAGCAAUGGUGCAUGUGACGGUCAAGGAUACAACCACAAUCAGCAUCAUCAAGUUGUCUGGGAAUACUGCGACGACGAAAGUCACGAAUACACUCAACGUUACUAAAACUACUAUAUCGACAAUUUGUUUGAGCAGUCUAUUCCUGGCGCGAAGCGACACCGACUUGUAUCCUUUAGAAAGCGAAACGGAGGGCCUUCUGGCUGACAGCUUCCCCACGUCACAACCUUGUGAGAAUGAAUAUCCAGUUACGACCAACGUGCCACUGGCGACAAUAUCUACCCUGACAUCUUGUCCACACAAAGCUUCAUGUACAGGGCAGACAUCUACAUGGACUGGCAGGAAUGGUCCCCUCCCAUGUUCCGCUCAAAGCACUUGCUCGUGCGUCCUCCCAGGCGGCACUCAGCCCAUUCCAAUAUUUACUACCAGCGUUGAUUAUACAGGGCAGGCCAUAGAAUGGAAUACCAAUUCGGAAUCUAGUGCUUGUGUCGAAGGAGUAAUUUGUGGCUUGGUGUUGCCGGAAGCGACGAGGUCUUUACUAGCUGAGACGACGGAGAGCCUAUUAGUAGCAUGCCAUGUCGUCACAGGCGUUGCAUUGGAAACAACUAAAAUCCCCGAGCCAGCCUCGGAACAAGUGGAUCAUACGGCCACAAGUAUGCCCUUUGACGGUGUUGUAUCCCCAUUGCCUGUUGCCACAAGCACCCCGGCUCCUGUCAACUCUGGCUGUGGUUUCUUGAGACGCGUCGAUACGGUUGGUAUCAUUGCUAUUGCGAUGAUUUUGUUGUGGUAUAUCUAG